AAUUUUUGUAUUUUUAGUAGAGACGGGGCUUCAUCAUGUUGGCCAGGCUGGUCUUGAACUCCUGACCUCAGGUGAUCCACCCACCUCGGCCUCCCACAGUGCUGGGAUUACAGGCGUGAGCUACUGUGCACAGCCGAGACUUAUCUUUAAUAUUGCCUGAUUUCCAAGUGAGCAUAAUUCAAAUUCACAUGGCUCUCUCUGAAGCCCCGUGGGGCCGUGAGGGACCACGGUUUAGCAUCUCUGGGACACUGGAGCCCAGCUGUGUCAACCGGAUGGGAUCCUGGCUCUGUGUGAUGGGUGUGGUUCUGGGGCCCGAACGCAGUGCCUGGAGUCAGGCUGCCCAGGUUCUAGUCUACCCUUUGCUGCUUCCUUGCAGCAUGACCCUGGGCAAGCUCUUACCUUGUAGGGCCUUAGCUUUCUCAUCUGUGAAAUGGGAUGUGCUCUGGGGAUAAUGAAAGAAGUUCAUGAAAGCAGUGACCUGAGGCACACAGUAGCAGUGAGUGGAGGUUUGCUGGCACCAGUCCCAGCGGAGGCUCUCCUGCCUCUCCUGGAACCAAACAGGCCCUCCUGCUGCUUGGAGGACUUUACUCCCCAGGAGAGGGAAGCAAGUCAGGCCACAGCUGGGAAGCCUGGGGCUCAGCCCCACAGGAAACUGGGGCCUGCGGCUCAGGUGCCAGGGUCACAGGUCUGGAUUGGGCAAGAGCAGAGAACCGGUCCCUCUGAUCCUGUUCAGGGAUAUUUGGAGACACCAAUAGUUCUGGGGAAUUUGGAGGCAGGAGGCAAAACGAGGAGGGAGCGGGGAUAUGGCAAAUCCCACUCCAGCCCCUCCUGGCCUGGCACCCCUCCCAAACGGUGCACGGAAGAGUGAGGUGACUGGCGUGUGUGAGGGCAACACGAUUCUCCUCCCUGGGGAGGAGAGCAGAGGCAACCCAUCCCCCACUGCCACCCCCACACUCACCUAAGUUCCAAUCCAUUUCCACCUCUGUUUACUGUCCAAAGUCCCGGGCACUGGAGAUGCCACAUUUGGUGUGUUUGGACACAUAGACACGCAGACACAGAGACACCGGGGCCCAGGGCCCUCCUAUGGACCCUGCCCGCUCCCCUCCCGUCGUCCACGGCUGUCCACCCACCCCCAUUCUCCAAGCUUCAGCCCCUCUCCUUAGUCCGGCAUCUGCACAGCACUGAAGAACCUGGGAGGCAGACCCUGAGACCCUGAGCAAGUAAAAUGGGAAGAGAGGUGGCGGGAGGCUGGCUGGGGGUGCAGGGGUGCGGAGGGAACCCAGGGCGUGUUGGGGGCUGCUGGGUGGGAAACAUCAGAGGAUGGAUUCUGGAUGUCAGGCCUGGGAGGGGAUGGAGGAAAGAAGAAAGGUCUCGGCCGGGCGCGGUGGCCCAUGCCUGUAAUCCCAGCACGUUAGGAGGCUGGGGUGGGCGGAUUGCCUGAGCUCAGGAGUUUGAGGCAAGCCUGGGCAACACGGUGAAACCCCGUCUCUACUAAAAUACAAAAAAUUAGCCGGGCGUGGUGGCGGGCGCCUGUCGUCCCAGCUACUCGAGAGGCUGAGGCAGGAGAACCGCUUGAACCCCGGAGGCAGAGGUUGCAGUGAGCUGAGAUCACGCCACUGCACUCCAGCCUGGGGACAGAGCAAGACUCUGUCUCAAGAAGAAAAAAAAAAAAAGGAAAAAGAAAAAGAAAGAAAGAAGAAAGGUCUCCAUGGAGCCGUCAAUCAGAUGGGAGUAAAGAGAUGGGCCCCUCAUUCCAGCUCUAGUCCUGGUGAGCCCCCACCUCAGCCCCAGCCUCAGUCUUGACUCAGUCCCAGGUCCAGCGCCAGCCCUAUCAUGACCAGGGAGUAUCAAGACCUUCAGCAUCUGGACAAUGAGGAGAGUGACCAUCAUCAGCUCAGAAAAGGGCCACCUCCUCCCCAGCCCCUCCUGCAGCGCCUCUGCUCCGGACCUCGCCUCCUCCUGCUCUCCCUGGGCCUCAGCCUCCUGCUGCUGGUGGUUGUCUGUGUGAUCGGAUCCCAAAACUCCCAGCUGCAGCAGGAGUUGCGGGGCCUGAGAGAGACGUUCAGCAACUUCACAGCGAGCACCGAGGCCCAGGUCAAGGGCUUGAGCACCCAGGGAGGCAAUGUGGGAAGAAAGAUGAAGUCGCUGGAGUCCCAGCUGGAGAAACAGCAGAAGGACCUAAGUGAAGAUCACUCCAGCCUGCUGCUCCACGUGAAGCAGUUCGUGUCUGACCUGCGGAGCCUGAGCUGUCAGAUGGCGGCGCUCCAGGGCAAUGGCUCAGAAAAGGCCUGCUGCCCGGUCAACUGGGUGGAGCACGAGCGCAGCUGCUACUGGUUUUCUCGCUCCGGGAAGGCCUGGGCCGACGCCGACAACUACUGCCGGCUGGAGGACGCGCACCUGGUGGUGGUCACGUCCUGGGAGGAGCAGAAAUUUGUCCAGCACCACAUAGGCCCUGUGAACACCUGGAUGGGCCUCCACGACCAAAACGGGCCCUGGAAGUGGGUGGACGGGACGGACUACGAGACGGGCUUCAAGAACUGGAGGCCGGAGCAGCCGGACGACUGGUAUGGCCACGGGCUCGGAGGGGGCGAGGACUGUGCCCACUUCACCGACGACGGCCGCUGGAACGACGACGUCUGCCAGAGGCCCUACCGCUGGGUCUGCGAGACAGAGCUGGACAAGGCCAGCCAGGAGCCACCUCUCCUUUAAUUUAUUUCUUCAAUGCCUCGACCUGCCGCAGGGGUCCAGGAUUGGGAAUCCUCCCAUCUGGGGGCCUCUUCUGCUUUCUCGGGGAUUUUCAUCUAGGAUUUUAACGGAAGGGGAAGGAUAGGGUGAUGUUCGGAAGGUGGGGAGCUUGAAACUUGUGGCGCUUUCUGCAGUUUGCAGGUUAUCAUUGUCAACUUUCUUUUCUUUUCUUUUUUUUUUUUUAGAGUAAAAAGAAAUAUACCUAAA